AUGGCGCAAAUUCGACCAAAUAUCGUCUUCAUCAUGGCGGAUGAUCAUGCCUCUAAAGCAAUCUCCUGCUAUGGGGCCGGAAUCAACCACACACCAAAUCUCGAUCGCAUAGCCAACGAGGGUAUGAAAUUCAACCACUGUUAUGUCACCAACAGUAUUUGCACCCCUUCUCGCGCCGCAAUCUUAACAGGCACCCACAAUCAUGUCAACGGUGUCAUGACCCUCGAUUCUAAAAUCAACAAGCACAUGCCUAACGUUGCAAAACACCUCCGAGUGGGUGGCUACCAAACCGCCAUGAUUGGGAAAUGGCAUCUGGGUGAAGGGGAAGCGCACGAACCGACCGGAUUUGACUACUGGGAAGUUGUCCCCGGACAAGGAGAAUAUCAUGACCCGCAGUUUAUUGGGCCCAACAGCACCGUACGGGAAAAGGGAUAUGCGACGGACAUCAUUACCGACAAAAGUCUCAACUGGAUGAAAGCUCGGGACACCACAAAGCCAUUUUUCCUCAUGUGUCACCACAAAGCACCCCACCGCAGCUGGGAAUGUAACCCGAAGCAUAAGGAACUGUACAAAGACCCCAUUAAGGUGCCGGAUACAUUCACAGAUGACUAUAAGAACCGUGCCAAAUCAGCCGCUGCCUCAAAGAUGCGCGUCGCGCAGGAUCUUACCUAUUUUGAUCUUGGACUCGCUCAGCCUGACGGGCCCGCUCACAUCGUUGGAGAGAAAAUGGUGAAUUCAUGGUGGUCCCAGGAGCGAAAGAUUCCCGACCCAGAGGACGUGACAAAACUGAAACUGAUCGAUAAAGAGGACGGAACUGUUUUCACUUUUCAAACGCGCCAGGAGCUCGCCGAGUUCAAGUUCCAGCGCUACAUGCAGCGCUACCUGCGCACGAUCCAAAGUGUUGAUGACAACGUGGGUCGGAUGCUAGACUACCUGGAUGCGGAGGGUCUCUCCGAGAACACCAUUGUGAUCUACACGUCCGACCAAGGGUUCUUCCUUGGUGAACAUGGAUGGUUCGAUAAGCGCCUUGUCUACGAGAACAGUUUCAACAUGCCAUUCCUCAUCAAGUACCCGCGGGAAAUCUCCGCUGGAAGUGUUUGUAACGACAUCAUCUGCAAUGUUGACUUUGCACCGACAUGGUUAGAUUUUGCGAAGCUUCGUAUGCCGACCUAUAUGCAAGGUGUCAGUUUCAGGCAGUUGGUCCAGCAGAAGACGCCCGCAGAUUGGCAGCAGAUUGCAUAUCAUCGAUACUGGAUGCAUCGUGACAUUAUCCAUGAUGCACAUGCGCAUUAUGCGGUGAGGGAUAAGCGGUAUAAGCUUAUCUAUUGGUACAAUGAGAGCUUUGGAAUCGAGGGGGCUAGGCUCGGUGGUGAGGAAAAGGAGUGGGAGUUGUUUGAUCUUGAUGAGGAUCCGUUGGAACUGUUCAACUGCUAUAAUGAAGAGAAGUAUCGUGAAGUUGUGAAGUACAUGACCAAGCUCCUCGAGCUGAAGAUGGAGGAGAUUGGAGAUGAGCCUGUUCACCCACGAUGA